GCGGAGUGGUUGCUUCUCAGUCAUCCAAAGCAUCCUGCAAAGAUCAAUCGAGCUGAUUUUAAGCUUGGAAUUUUGGGGGAGAAAGCUCGAUUUCGAUAUAUAUAUAUUGUAUGUAUAGGUUUCGGGAGAUGGUGGAGGUGGACGGCGGCGGUCCGUCGGGGAAGCAGCCACAGCAAAUCUCCGAUAUGUUUCAGAAAUUCGCGCUCGCUUUCAAGGCGAAGACGUACGAGCUCUUCGCGGAGGAGUCCGGCGGCGCCGAUUCGGAGGGGGAUGUCGCUCUGCUCCUCGAUUCGGCAGAGGAGUUUAUCCCAGACCAGAAGGUUGUGGUGGUUAAGCCGGACGAAUCGGGCGGAGGAUCCGUCGGAGAGUUGAUUCCGUCGCUCUUCGCCACCGUCUCCUCCUUUGAAGCUGCGUAUUUGCAGUUCCAAUCGGCGCACGUUCCGGCGGUUGACCGGGAAGCGCUCGAGCAGGCGGACGAUUCAAUUGUGUCGAUUCUGCAGAAAUUGACGGCGAUGAAGAACUCGUUCAAGGAUUAUUCGAGGAAGAGGAAGUUAGGGCUGGCUCACGCCUUCCCGGCGGCGUCAAUUUGGGAAUUUCAGGUGGAGGAGAAUCAGAGCAAGCUCAGAGUCCUGGAGACGGUGGUGAACUCUCUGCAAUCCGAAAUCGACGCUAAGGACGACGUAGUUAGGGAUUUGAGGAAGAAAUUGGAUCAAAUUAGGGUUUCAGUAGCGGAUUUCACCAAAAAAUUGGGGGUUACACCAAAAUCAUCCCAAAUCAAGCCAUCUCUAACAAUUCGUGUCUUCGAAAGCUUCCUCAACGAUUCCAUCAAAUCAAUCCGCAGCUUCACAAAGCUCCUCAUUGAAUUGAUGAACAAUGCAGGAUGGAAUUUGGAGGAAGCUGCAAAUUCUGUCCAUCCCGGCGUCAGCUACGCGAAGACCGGGCACCUGCGAUACACCUUCAUGUCCUACAUCUGUCUUCGAAUGUGCCAAGAUUUCGACAAGCAGAGUUUCGGAUUGCCGGCUACUGAAACCAGCGGAGCUAGUGAUCAAUUGAGGCAAUUGAUCGAACACGCCGAGAGUGAUCAUAUGGAGAUAUUGAGGAAGAAUCCAAACUGCGAAUUCUCGCGGUUCCGCGAAUACAAAUACAAUCAGAUUAUCCAUCCGACAAUGGAAUCGUCGAUUUUCAGCAAUUUAAGCCACACCAACAAGGAGAAGGUGUUGGAUUCAUGGAAAUCAUUGAGCAUUUUCUACGAAUCGUUCACUAGCAUGGCGAGCUCGGUGUGGCUGCUCCACAAGCUGGCGAAUUCAUUCACCCCUUCCAUCGAAAUAUUCCAGGAAACAGUUACACGCCGAGGAGAGUCGGGUUCACAGUCGUGCCGGGAUUCAAAGUAGGAAGGACUGUCGUUCAAUCGCAGGUUUAUCUCACAAACUCAACAUCUGCCUUAAAUUAAGAGUUGUUGGAUCGAAUGUUGUUAGAAUUGAGUUAACCUUGUGUGAAAUCUUGAACAUGAUGAUUGAUUGAUCUUUCUUGAAGUUUUACAUUUUAGCAAAAUAGUUAGGUUAGGAUUAGGUCUCUGUGUUCUUUGUUGUGUAAUAUCUCAUCCCUCUUGUGUUGUGGUUUGUAGCUAUUUCUUCGUUUUCGUGUUUCUAUAGCUUCGCUUAAUGCCUGUAAAAAGAACGAUUUUCCUCGAAUAGAAAAUCAACAACUUGUGUGCAA